GCAGUUUUGAUGAAGGUGUCCGCACUGUUGUCAAAUAACAGUAAGGUAACAGAGUGACAGUGAACACAACAGACAGGGGAUAUCACUCGUCUCGAUCUGAACAAAGUCUGUCAGAACCUCUUUUAUACAGUCUAUGGUCAGAACGCAUUUGGGUUACCAGACGUGUUAAACCCUGGUCUCCGAUUCUGUGGACCUGCAGAAUGGCCCGACCUCUGCAGCUCCUCUCUGUGCUCUACAGGCUCGGUGCUCUCUCAGUGACCCCCUCGGUUUCUAGUAACACCUGCCGAUUUUCAAGCAGAGGGGUCGGUAAGGCAUGGAUGGGACAGAGCCAUGAGCACAGAGACCGAUCAUCCAACAGAGCUCCAAGAGACACCGAUGAAGACCGAGGACUGGAGGAUGUAGAGGACAAGCUACAGGCUUUGGUCGAUGUGGAGAGAAAGAGGCAGAAGACUGUGAAAUAUCACAUAAUGAGGAGACAGAUGACAGCAUCAGGAGCUCCACAGAGGAAGUUAACCUGGGAGGCUAUCAAGCAGAUAAGAUAUCUGAAGCAAGAGCAGCCUGAGGAAUGGACAGUCGAGCGUCUGUCUGAGGGCUUCGCUGUCACACCUGAUGUCAUCCUGAGAGUCCUCAGGAGCAAGUUUAUUCCCGCUCCUGAGAGAAAAGUCAGGCAAGAUGCUAACGUGAUACCUGGGCUCAGUCAGCAGGUGCUGCCUUCAGGUGCGGGGUCAGGCCAGGACAGACUGAAGCUGGCUGGAAACCAAGCGGCAGCUGCUCUCCCCUCUGGAAGUAAAGGAAGUGUUUUGGUUCCUGUGGCUGACCAGACUCUGUUGAUUCAAGGAAAAGGCUCAGCAUCUGUGGCCAAGAGUCCUGCACCUGUUGCUGUUCUGCCCACCCAGUUCAUGUCAGAUGUUAGUAAAGACCCCACAGUGACAAUAAGAGGAGAGGACAGUAAUACCAACACAAAUCCUGCAGGGGACAACACAAAUGAUGAGGAGGACUGGGAUGGACAGGUGUUGUCAGAGGAAGAACUUGAAGAGCUCAUGGAAAUGAAAAAGCCUUCUCCAGUGGUGCAAGUUGGGAAUGACUUCUUAGACGCAGAAGGAAACCUUUUGUAUAGAAUCUGAGGACUUCCUGUGUUUCUGGAUGAUCAGGUUGGCGUAGUUGCACUUAAUGAUAAUCAGUGGCUUUUUACUGUGCAUGAAAAGAAAAUGUAUAACAAAUAAAAACUAUUAAUUUGUAUCCUAACCCGUAUCUAGUUUUAUUUCUUGCUACAUUUUAAAUUUGUAUUCCCCAUUGUUUUAUUUCUGGAUUGAAUAAGGAGAUAAACACAGAGAUCUCUUAUUUGUACAUUUAUACAAUUCACAAUGUAGAAAUGAAGUAUCUGGUAAUCUGAAAAUAAACAAGUUGGAUGUUUGAGCUUCA